UGGUUUCAUCUGGAGUCGACUCGAGCCAGAGCUUCCUUUUCUUCCUCUCAUGGCGGUCAACGACUUGAUAUAAUAUCAUCAUCGAAAACUCUCCCCCAAAACUACAGUUCCUUAGCCACACCAGACCACGCACCUUGUUGUUCUUCUUCUUCUCCUGUACGGACUGGCCUAACAGGAGUUCCGAGUUUGAGUCCGCCGUCGUGGACUGAGUUUUUUUUUUUUUUUUUUUUUUUUUUGGGUUUCGAACAGUAUGGGGAGAACAGGUGCGAAUUCGAAGAAUUUCUCGGCUAAACGCGAAGAUUAUCAGCUUCUUGAGGAGGUUGGUUAUGGAGCUAGUGCCACUGUUUUUAGAGCGAUCUAUAUUCCGCUUAAUGAAGUUGUGGCUGUCAAGUGUUUGGAUCUCGAUCGAUGCAAUAGCAAUCUGGAUGACAUACGUAGGGAAGCUCAAACAAUGAGCUUGAUAGAUCAUCCAAAUGUUGUAACAGCUUUUUGUUCUUUUGUUGUCGAUCGAAACCUUUGGGUGGUCAUGCCAUUCAUGGCAGAGGGUUCUUGUUUGCACCUUAUGAAGAUUGCAUAUCCAGAUGGGUUUGAGGAGGCAGCUAUUGGCUCUAUACUUAAAGAAACACUUAAGGCUUUGGAUUAUCUUCAUCGGCAAGGACAUAUCCACCGGGAUGUAAAGGCUGGAAACAUACUCCUUGAUACCAAUGGAAUUGUGAAGCUGGCUGACUUUGGUGUUUCAGCUUGCAUGUUUGAUGCAGGUGACAGACAACGUUCAAGAAAUACGUUUGUUGGAACACCCUGCUGGAUGGCACCAGAGGUAUUGCAACCAGGAAAUGGAUAUAAUUUCAAAGCUGAUAUUUGGUCACUUGGUAUUACGGCACUGGAGUUGGCGCAUGGUCAUGCACCAUUUUCUAAAUAUCCUCCGAUGAAGGUUCUGUUGAUGACCAUACAAAAUGCCCCUCCUGGACUUGAUUAUGAUCGUGACAAAAAGUUCUCUAAGUCUUUUAAAGAAAUGGUGGCGAUGUGUUUAGUGAAAGAUCAAACAAAGAGACCAACAGCAGAGAAAUUAUUGAAACACUCAUUUUUCAAACAUGCAAAACCUCCAGAGCUUUCUGUGAAGAAAUUGUUUGCUGACUUGCCACCACUUUGGAAUCGUGUCAAAGCUCUUCAGCUUAAAGAUGCUGCACAACUAGCGCUUAAAAAGAUGCCUUCAGCAGAACAAGAGGCAUUAUCACAGAGUGAGUAUCAGCGAGGGGUUAGCGCAUGGAAUUUUAAUCUUGAUGAUCUAAAAGCUCAAGCAUCAAUGGUGCGGGAUGAUGAUGAGGAUUUGCAAGAGAUGCAAGAAGAAGAUGAAAAGUUAAAAUCCGUAUAUAUUGAUAAGGAUGCACCUUAUUCCCAAUCCAUACCAGGAAAAUUUAGUUCACACAAAGAAGCACCUUGCGAAGGACAAACAAGCGGUGAUAGAUUAGAGCUGUUUGACAAUUCAAACAACAGAGGUCAAAUUCUGGAAUCUGUACAGGAGUCUAGUAGCCCAGAGAAAAUUGGGUUGAACAAAAAUGGAUCAAGCAUUGAGUUAGCAACAUCUACAUCAGAAAAAGAAUCAGUUAUAAACAAGACUAGAGUUCAAACAGUGAAAGUUCGCCAAACACACAGUGGUCCGCUGAUGCCUGGUUCUGUGCUUACUCAUUCAGUAUCCGAGAAGUUACGCGUCUCUGAAAGGUAUGAGAAUGAUAAAGCUCCAAGUGACAAAUUUCAUAGUGAAGUACGGAGAACACCAAGCUUUAGUGGUCCAUUGAUGCUUCCAAACCGAGCUUCAGCAAAUAGUUUAUCAGCUCCCAUAAAGUCUUCUGGGGGUUUUAGGGAUUCUUUGGAUGAUAAAUCAAAAGCCAACCUGGUGCAGAUUAAGGGGCGAUUCUCUGUAACAUCAGAAAACCUAGAUCUUGUGAAGGAUAUUCCAUUAAGUACAGUUCCACGUCGAUCUUCACAGGGAUCCCCGUUGAGAAAGUCCGCUAGUGUUGGUGAUUGGAUAUUUGAUUCCAAACAAGUGCCUGUCAAUCUGUCUCCUAAGGAGUCGAAUAGCAGCAGCAUAGUACCUGCAACACUUCUCAUGCCUCACCUUCAGAAUCUUUUUCAACAGACUUCAAUACAGCAGGAGCUUAUCAUGAAUUUGUUAAAUAGCUUGCAACCGAACGAGGUGGUAGAUGCACCUGCUCAAAAUGGGAAGUUGCCUCCACUGCCUCGGAGUCCAGAAAGCAAUGGAACUCUUGAAACUGCUGCAUCUGAUAGAGAGCGCCUGUUGCUCAUGAAGAUCUCGGAACUGCAAGCUAGGAUGAGUAGCUUGACCGAAGAACUGACAACCGAAAAGUUUAGAUACAUCCAAUUGCAACAACAGCUAAUUGCCGUUUCAAGCGAGGAAGAAAAUGGGGAUAGAGGCGAAGGGGUAGGCAUUUAAGAGCGAAAAUAUCCAUUAGUAAAAUCGAAUGUACAUCCGAACAAGAUCUGAUCCAUUCUUUUCGCUUGUAUGGGGACUGUUUCCGGCUGUUUAUACGAGUAGACCACCCUAUGCAAAUUUAAACAAACAAACCGAAAAAAAAGAUGGAGAUGAUAAUUCGGGUCUCUUCUUCUGCUACUUUGUGUCUUUAGUUUCGCUUGAAGAUCAUCACCGCUACCUCGAACGGGAGAUUAAGCGAGAAAUUUACAGGUAUGACCCUCCACAUGAAGUGUGGUUAACAUUCAAGCUGAAGGUGAAAAAAAUUUGUUAGUAUCUAUAAUAUAGUGGUAGCCAUGCGAAGGGGGAAAAAGGUUUAGCUAUAAAUCAUAAUAUUGGUUUAUAAUAUUAUCCCAUAGUUUCAUAUAAUUAUUAAUUAAUUAAUUAAUUAUGAUGUUUCAAACAUAGUAUUUCAUCUAUUAUUAUUAUUAUUUAUUAUUUUUGUCAAAAAGGGAUUUAUGAGUUUGUAUAUGAUGGCGGUAGAAGAAACGUAAUGGGACUUAAUUCAUUUCCAAAAUUUGUGUAAAUUCUACUUGUUCUUCACAAUAUUCUGGUUCUGUAUUUCUGUUUUCAA